AUGCAGAGAACGUCGGCGCCACAGAUCUCAGCAUUGAAGCUCAUCAACAUGUCCAACCUGUCACUGGAGAACACCUCGCACGUGUGGUUCGUCGCCCCAGAGAUCCAUCUAAAGCAGGUGAAGUGCGACAAUGGCCUUGCCAGCUUCAAGCAGCCACACCAUGUGGGCUGUGUGAGCUGUGAGGAGAACAAGAUCCAAGUCUUUGGAAAUCCCAUCUUGGACGACGAUCUGCCGUUGAAGACCUGUUGGUCCGCACCCCGUGGCACGGCGCAUGUUGACAUGCACCACCUCAAGCUGAAGAUCGGCUACAUGGUAGAAAAGGCCAACAUCAGCCGGAGCUUUCGCUGUCCGAAUCGCCUAGCGUGCAUGGGCGGUGAGAUUUCCACCGAAGGCUUUGGAGAGAUGUGCGCGGAGGGCUACAGAGGUCAAGGCUGUGUGAAGUGUGAGAAAGGCUAUGGGUCUUCGGACAGCAACCGCUUCGUGUGUGUUGCAUGUGCCUCCUCGGUGUGGCGGCAGCGGAUGCAAAUGGGCCGUUUCGUGCUGGAGGAUUUGCUCCUCUUCGCUCUUUCCGUCUCGGGCGUGGCCUCCACGAGCGGCGAGAAGGAGAGCAAGAUCUUGACGAAUCACUUCAUGUCCUUCGUGGCGGCUGCCGGUCCUGUGAUCCAAGCCGUCCAGGAGACUCCGACCUUCAAACGGAUCAUGUCCCACCUGGAUGUCUAUGUGGAGGGCCUCUCCACCUCAGUCGAGGCAGGCGAAGGCUCAGGCUCCAGCGCAGCGGGCGGAAUGUCUGCGAGAUGUAUCCAGGGAUAUUUGAACCUCCCCAAGAACUGGUGGUGCCGUGCUCUCCUGACCCUCUUCACCCCCUUCUGCGCCAUCGCCGCGCUCAUGGCGAUGCGGGGAUGGCGCAUUGCAGCGGUGGUGGGUGUGAACUGCUUCUUGCCGAAAGCUUGCUUGUGCUUUGCGCGCUACUUGGUAUGCUACCGCAUGGAGCCGGAGCACGAGGGCGGCGAGCUCUUCUGCGCCUAUCGGAUGUACACUGGCUUCUCCCUGCUGGGCCUGCUGCUCUUAGUGGCUGCCAUCGCCUGUUCUGGCCCAGUCUUGUGGUGGCGGCUCUUGAGCGAUAAGAGCCAUUCUGACGCGCCCUACUACCUCUACCUCUCAGCCUCCUACAAGGAGGACUUGAAGAGUUGGGAGGUGACUCGUCUGGUGCGGAAGGUCUUCUUGGCUGUCAUUUGUGCCGCUUUACCUGUCAGUCUUCACCCCGCGAUGCAGAUCAUGUGCAUCAGCUUGGUUUUGCUCACAGCCUUAAUUCUGGAGAUGCAAUUCCGGCCCUACAAGGAUUCCUUCUGGAACCUGGAGGAGAAGACCCUGUUAACCGUGUCUUUGGCCAUGGUGAGCGUCACCAGCUGUUACCUCGCCAACGAGUACCAUUGGUCCAGCACCUACAGGACCCAGCAGUUUUUGUUGCUGGUCAUCCUCGUUUUAUCCAUCGUCCCCACCAAUGUGCUGGUGUUCCAAAUCAUCGUGCAGCUCUUGCGAGAGAGGGGGUUCCUUAAGAGCCGAGAGGCCCAACAGCUCGGCCCUCGUAGUCCGCAGGUUCCAUGGCGCCUGGUAGCCUUCUUGGCUUGCUUGGCUCAGGCGGAGGAGGUGCUGGAAGAAUGUCGCCAUGUGGAGCUUUUGCAACACGCGCAGCAGUUGCAGAGGAGAUAUAGCUGCUCCGAGUGCGUCCCAGCGCUCUUUGUGGUGACCAGCAGCCGGACUGGCUCCACCACUGUGCUGCACAUGCUGAACCUGAUCCCAGGGUAUGACAUUAAAGGUGAGAACUAUGGGCUUUGGUCCGAUAUCUAUGGGAUGAACAAGGAGCGAGAGAAGAACUGGAAGACCUACCGACGCAGCAGCCUCUAUGCCUGGCAUCAUUCCUCUGGAAGGAAUGAUACUGAGUUGGAGUGCAGCAUGCGGCUGAUGCUCUUGGGCGAGAUCAAUCCAAAUCCUCUCGCACGAGUGGUGGGAUUUCGCGAAUCCAUGUGGCGCUUUGACGAAAACCUCGAGGAUUUAGCCAAGCUCUUGGAGGUCUUCCCUUGUGCCAAGGUGGUGAUGAGCUACCGGAAAAGCCUGGAAGACCAGCUGCUCUCCCAGUCCUUUGCGCUGGGAGAUUUCCAGUACUUUGUCACCCAACAAGCCAACCAGGCCAUGAAGAGCUUCGCUGAGGCUCAUCGUGACCGGGUUUAUAGCCUGGCGAUGGAGGACUUGGAUGUGGAGCACUUCAACAAACUAUUGGCCUUCCUUGGCGAGGACCACCGCUGUGAAUAUGUGGACGUCGUUCAUGCCAAUGAGGGGCGACAUUUCACGCUGAACACGCUGGAGCACGAGAUGAUCCGGACAGCAGAGGACUGGCAGGACAACGGCGUGCACAUGGAAUGUCUUCUGGACUCUCUGGACUUCCAGCUCUGGCUUCUGGAUUUCCACCAGAGAGGAUGGCGCCCAGCCACGGACUGGGGCAUCCAACUCAGACGGUGUAAGACUGUAAUCCUUUGCGCUUUUGGCCUGUUUUUUCCCAACGGCGCGGUCCAUCCGUCUCCCUUGUUGGCUCACGGCGGAGAGCCGUUGACGCCCGACAUGGCGCUGUGCUGUGGGGCGGAUAUGAUGGCAACGAAGGUGAGUGCUGAGAAGCCCAUGCUCAUGGCGCACUUGGUGGAGGACUUCCCGGUGGCACCGGAGUUCUUGACGUCGAUGUCGGGGCAGCUCCUGUCGGUGCAGCAAGUGAUCGAAGAUGUGAAUCUGAAGAUCGCCCAGCUGCAGGAGCAGAUCAACUCUCGCCUGGGCCAACAGCUGCCACGGGAGGUCACGCGGCAGUCAGGCUCCGAGAAGAUCAGCUUGCCCGAGAACUUCCGGGACCUCGACAUCAUGGUGGAGCGUGAGAGCAAUUCUUCAGGCCGUCGGAAAGGGAUCGCCUUCGAGGAGCCCAGCCCUGAAGAUGAAGAGCAGGACGAUGAAGAAGAGCAAGCCUUUCAGGAGGUGGACGAUGAUGAAGAUUCGCACAUCGAGGAACUGAAGCACCAGUUCGCUCGUUGUGAUGUCUCCAGCAAUGGCUGGGUUUCUGGAGACGAACUGCUAGCCUUGGCGUUGAACCAUGGGGAGCAGCUGACGCUGCAGAGCGUCCUCAAGCUGUGCACGUAUUUGGCGGCGCAACCCACCAAGACGCGUGUCUCGAAGCGAUACUCCCUGGUGGAAGAGGUCAGCGAGGAACAGCUGAAGAAGCAGCUCACGGUACGUGAAUUUCUGGACCUGCGAGCGAAUUCCGCAUUUCUGGAAGGUGCAGCUCAGGAUAUCGUUGAGACGGCUGAAGCCUUGAACAGGGCUUUGGACGAGGAGAACCGCAUCUACAAGUACGAGAACGACAGGGACACGCUGCGUAAGCGGCAUAUGAUGAACAUGGUGCGGCUGGUGAUGGACGUCGGCAUCGUGGCAGUGAUCGCCGUGAACGCCGUUUGCAUUGGUGUCAGUGCUGAUCACCCGGGCGCCGUUGGGUGGGAAAUCUUGGAGCUGGUGUUCUUUGGCAUCUACUUCUUAGAAUUCGUCAUCAAAGCUGGCUUUCUGGAUAAGUGCAACUAUUGGGUUGGACCAGACUGGAGUUGGAAUGUCUUCGACUUCAUGUGUUUGUUGAUCUCGGGCAUUGAGCUGAGCAUUUCCUACUUCUUGAUGGGUGGCGACAGCAGCGAAGGAGGCAUGCUGAGCCUCUUGAAGGUUCUAAGACUGGCGCGCCUGGCGCGACUGGUGCGUGUGAUGCGCUUCAAGGCUUUCAAGGAGCUGAAGCUGAUGGCCUUGGGCCUGUUCUCGGGACUUCGCGCGCUCCUUUGGGCGUUAGUUUUGUUGAUCUCGGUGAUCUUCACCAUCAGCGUAGUCAUGCAGAGCCUCUUCAAAGAUGACCUGGAAGAGUUCCACUCGGUGGAUCGCGCCAUGUUCACGCUCUUCCGAUGCUUCACGGACGCCUGCGAGACCUAUGGAGGCGAUCCCAUUCCUGAGAAGCUCUUUGUGAAAUACGGCCCCCCUUUCAACAUCGCAUACAUCCUGGUGACGAUGCUUGUGAUGGUGGGUCUCUUCAACCUCAUCAUGGCUGUCUUCAUCGACAACGUGACCAAAUCCCAGAACCAGCGAAAGCAGAAGGAGCUGGGUGAGAGCGCUGAGAUGACGGAGUGUGCACUCAAGAUGGUCCUUGCGAAGUUCAUCAACGAGCCUCGGGCAGGCGAACGCUCGCAGGACGUGCUGAAGCGCGUCUCGGAGGACGCCUUGCGGAAGCUGGCGAGCCUGACCGAUGCGGGCCGCAGUCGCAACAUCGCCGAGCAGCGGCGGGUGGCCAAUGAGGCCUUCAAUUUGUUGGAGGAGUGUCACAUCAACAUCACCCGAGAGGUCUUUCAAGCAUGGUUGAAGGAUCCGGAAUUCGUGAAGGUUCUCGAAGAUGCGGACGUGGAUAUCUCCAACAAGUUCGAGCUCUUCAACAUCCUCGACGUGGAUUCGGGUGGUGAGCUCUCGGUGGAGGAACUCUUGAACGGUUUGAUGGGUCUCCGGGGCGACGUGUCGAAGGGCGACAUCGUCUCCAUCCUGCUGCGCGUGCGGGACAUUUGGCACCGGGUUGAGCGGGUGGAAAAGCACCUGAUGCAGUGACCGCCACCUCCACGCCUCGGAUCUCAAGUACGAACGUGCAUGACUUGCAGUGCUCGGUGUGG